AUGGACAAACAGCAGCUGUCAACAGGAGAAUGCUACCCUUUGAGCAAGGGACCAGAGAACAGGACCCAAGUGACAGAAUUUAUUUUAAUGGGACUUUCGGACCUCCCAGCCAUCCGCUUCUCCCUGUUUGUCGUCAUUUUGCUUAUCUAUUUAGUCACGCUAUUGGGCAAUGGCACCAUCCUCCUUGCCAUAGGAGCUAAUUCUAAGUUGCACAACCCCAUGUAUUUCUUUCUCAGUAAUCUUUCCUUGCUGGACAUCUUCUGCCCCACAGCUACGGUGCCCAAGAUGCUGGAGAACCUUUUGACAGAAUGCAGUUCCAUCUCCUUCAUUGGCUGUGUGCUACAACUCUAUUUCUUAGUGGCUCUGGCAGGGACGGAGGUCUUUCUCUUGGCCGUCAUGGCCUAUGACCGCUAUGUGGCCAUAUGCAACCCUUUGCGAUACACUGUCAUCAUGAACAAAAAGCUUUGCCUUCAGAUGACUGCUGGAACAUGGGUCACCGGCUUCCUCAAUUCAUUGUUGCACACAACUUUGACUUUCAUUCUACCUUACUGCAACUCCAAUAGAAUUAACCAAUUCUAUUGUGACAUCCCACCAGUCUUGGCCAUAUCUUGUGCUUCCACCUAUGUGGCUGAGAUGGUUCUCCUCAUUGUUGGUGGCAUAUUUGGUGUGGGGGCUUUUCUAAUCACCUUGAUUUCCUACACUCACAUCAUUGCCACCAUUCUGAGGAUCCGUUCUGCUGAGGGAAAACGUAAGGCCUUUUCUACCUGUGCCUCCCACUUAAUAGUGGUUUGUCUUUUCUAUGGAACCACCAUAUUCACAUACAUAAGACCUUCCUCCAGUUACCAUCCAGACCAGGAUAGGCUAGUGAGCAUGCUCUAUGGGAUGAUUACUCCCAUGCUAAAUCCCUUGAUUUAUAGCCUUAGAAACAAAGAAGUGAAAAAGGCCCUUGAGAGCCUAAUAGUUCGUCAAUCCCAUUAA